GGACACCGGAAGACCGGCCGGAGCGGAGGAACCAGCCAGCCAGGCGGACGGACGGACGGAAGGAAGAUGGCAGCCGCGGCUGUGGCUGAGUUUCAGAAAGCCCAGUCUCUUCUCGGAACCAACCGGAACGCCUCCAUUGACAUUCUGCACUCCAUAGUAAAGCGCGACAUCCAGGAGAGCGAUGAGGAGGCAGUGCGUGUUAAGGAGCAGAGCAUCCUGGAGCUGGGUGGACUGCUCGCAGAGACGGGACAAGCUGCAGAACUUGGCGGGCUGCUGAAGUAUGUGCGCCCAUUCCUCAACUCCAUCUCCAAGGCCAAGGCAGCCCGGCUUGUCCGCUCCCUGCUGGACCUCUUCCUGGACAUGGAGGCAGCCACGGGCCAAGAGGUUGAGCUCUGUUUGGAGUGUAUACAGUGGGCAAAGGCAGAGAAGAGGACAUUCCUCAGGCAGGCAUUAGAGACCCGUCUAAUCUCUCUGUAUUUCGACACCAAGCAGUACCAGGAGGCCCUACAGCUCAGCUCCCAGUUGCUACUGGAGCUUAAGAAAAUGGAUGACAAGACCCUGCUGGUGGAGGUCCAUUUGCUGGAGAGUAAGAUCUACCAUGCCCUCAGUAACCUACCCAAAGCCCACGCUGCCCUCACCUCUGCCCGGACUACGGCCAACGCCAUCUACUGCCAACCCAAACUACAGGCAACACUAGACAUGCAGUCAGGGAUCAUUUAUGCGGCAGAGGAGAAGGAUUGGAAGACGCCCUACUCGUACUUCUAUGAGGCCUUUGAGGGCUAUGACUCCAUUGACAGCCCCAGAGCCAUCACAGCCCUUAAAUACAUGCUGCUCUGCAAAAUUAUGCUCAACACGCCAGAGGAUGUCCAGGCUCUGAUCAGUGGCAAACUAGCGCUGCGGUAUAUCGGCAGACAGACAGAUUCAUUAAAAUAUGUUGCACAAGCCAGCAAGAAUAGAUCACUGGCAGACUUUGAAAAGACGUUAACGGAGUACAAAGUAGAGCUGAGGGACGACCCCAUCAUCAGCACUCACCUGACCAAACUGUACGACAACCUGCUGGAGCAGAACCUCAUCAGGGUCAUCGAACCCUUCUCGAGAGUCCAGAUUGAACACAUUUCCAUGCGCCUCAAACUCUCCAAGGGAGAUGUGGAGAGGAAGCUGUCCCAGAUGAUUUUGGACAAGAAGUUCUACGGGAUACUGGACCAAGGCGAGAGUGUGCUGAUCGUCUUCGAUACGCAGCUGGUGGACAAGACGUAUGAAGCCGUUCUGGAGACCAUUCACAACAUGAGCAAAGUGGUCGACUCUCUCUACAACAAAGCCAAGAAGCUCACAUAGAGAGAGCCGACCGUGUCUCCUCCUAUCCGGAGCGACGCCGGCUAGUUAGACCUCCUUUUUGAUCGCUGACUCGGAGCCGGGAGAAAGGAAGAGAGGAGGACGAGGCGCGUACAGACUCCUUCAAAAAAAAGAAAAACAGGAAAGAAAAGAUAAAAAAAAAACCACAGCGACGCAACUGAAAACUACCCAACAGGACCACAGACUGACGGGGGCGACGUCCCGCCUCCUCUUCCACCGCCAUCCAGCCGCUCGCUCUCCUUCCCUCCUCUCCGCCUGCCAUCCGUCAGACCUGACUUGGGUUUGAGCUGGCAUGAAGUGCUCCCCCCGAUGGACAAAUCCAGGCACCACGCCCUCCUGCUCUCCCACCACUGGUUUCUAAUGUAACGGGGCAGCCUCCCUUUCUUUUUCCUUUUUUUUGUCGUCUUUCUUGGUUCUUCUCUGCGCUGGCCAUCAGGGAAGCUUGUAAAAUAACAGUGAAUGAUACAUAUACAGUACUUAUACCUACAUGUACGAUUAAGAAAGUAAUACUACGAAGCCAGGCGUUGGUCCGUACUCGGAGCGAAUCCAGGGGUGAAUGUGGGUCUUGUCGUGUCGCUUGUUUAUUCGCCAACCUCCUCCGGAGCCGCCCAGGUUUGUUGUGGUGCCCCAUCUCGUCACCCGCGAACGAGUUUUUUGAAAGACACUAGCUCUCAGCCCCCCACCCCCCACCACCACCCAGCUCAUCCUCUUCACCUCCUCACCACGGUGCCCACUCACCACAUUUUGCUCCUUUGCGAGGCAUUCUGGGACUUGUAGAGCGGCCCUGUGCCCCCCCCCCCGACACCACCUCACCCCGGGAACGGACGCUGCAGGGAGAGGACGGUCUGGGAUUCAGACGUGUGUUGUAACUUUUGACAUUCUCUCAUCUUGUCUCACACCACAACAUGCCAUGUGUGUACAUAAUGUUGGAAGGGCCUGGUCGUUUCACACUGUCCUGCAAAAUCCCUGCUUUUUUUUAAAAAAUAUAUAUAUAUAAUACAGAAGUUCAGAAUACAGCAAC